GAAUCUAGAAAUCUCUGAGGAGCUAUUAUUGAGCUUUAUUUACAGAACCAGUGUCCUUUUUAAUUAUUUGAGGGUUCAAACUACAAAUUUAAGAUUUAUUUAAUGAACCAAAUUAAAGUCUUUGUGCUCUGUGAAUUUCUCAACAGGAGGUUUAAAUGAGCCUCAUCCCAGGAUGAUGGAGUGGAGUCAGUCGUUACAAGGACAGCAUGAUGCUUUCACCUGGUUCACACAGUCCCAGCUCCAGUCUGUGAUCAAGAACGGUAUAGUCCCAGAAUGGUUUCAUGGGAUCAUUUCCAGGAAGACAGCAGAAGAACUGCUCAUGUCCAAGCCUCCUGGCUACUUCCUCAUCAGAGUCAGUGAGAGCAGGAUUGGCUACACUCUCUCGUACUGUGCUGGGAACCGCUGCAGACAUUUCAUGAUUGAUGUAUUGGAGGACGGCCAUUACACCAUAGUAGGGGAGAACAGGCGCCACCGGUUUCUGCAGGACCUGGUGGAUUUUCAUCGUAGGAAUCCCAUCAUGCCUUUCACUGAGGUUCUGACUGUCGCUUGUGGACAAGCCUUGAAUGACAAGACUGACUACGCAGAACUACUGUUUCCCCAAAGACAUCCAAACCCUAACACAAGUUUGCUACCAAACAACUCCCUGCAUGCCAGCGUAAGUCACCCAAUAUCACAAGAAGAUAUCCCACCUGCCCUUCCUCAUCGACCAAAUGACCUGAGGAACUCUGCAAUCCUGUCUCCAAAUAGACUUUACCCUAGUUUGGAAGAAGAAUUUCCACACCUCAUCUCCCCUCUUAAAGCCAUGCCUGUGCCAAUGACCAGAAACAGACAUACAGCCGACAACCCUCCAUCCAACCAGCCUCCUGAAGUCCCUGCUCGGCGUUCUGUUCCUCCUCUGAAGCAGAACCAGGCUUGUAUCAGAACAGUCUCUGCGCCUGACAGUCCCUCCACACCCACAGCCACUGAACACCCAUUCGGCACCAACAUCCAGUCUGUAAAGAACCAGGAAGCAAAGCUGUCACUCGUCACCAACAUAAAGAACCUCAAGAAGAAAUUCCAAAAGAAGAGAAGCACGUCGCAGGAGAAUAUGUACGCAGAGAUUAAUGUGGAGGCGACUGACAGGAGUGGAAACACUGAGAAUGAGUGCCAGGAGAUGACAGGGGAGCAGACCUUCAAUGGUCCACCAUUUUCCUACACUUGCACUCAUGUGAGACUGACUGAUGGAGAGUUACCUCAGGAGUACCUCCCACCUCCACCUUUUGCCCCAGGCUACUGAUACACAACUGCUCCCUUAGAAAGUAAUGUACAGAUGGAUUGAUUUGCUGGAGGGAUUUUGUUACCUAUGGACAGAGCCAGGCUAGCUGCCCCCCCCCCCCUGUUUCCAGUCUUUGUGCUAAGCUAAGCUAACAGGCUGCUGGCGGUAGCUUCAUAUUUACCAUUCAGCUCUCAGCAAGAAAGCAAUUAAGUGUAUUUCCUGAAAUGUCAAACCAUUCCAUUCAGGUAAAUGUUUAUAUAAGCCUCUUUGGUAAUGUAAUAUCGUAUGAAAGGGCAGCAGGAGGAAGUUUUAUGCAGCCUGUAAAUCAGAAAUGACAUGGCUAAUGUCAGCUGCUUUGAAUACAGGACACAUACUGUACUGUAGCACGAGAUACUGUUAUCAGUAAUGUGAUGAGGGAAGCUGGAAGAAAAUACAGAUACUGGUCAAACUUGUUACACAGCUCCUGGACACGGAAGGCAAACGAUUUGGUCAGACAUUUGUUUUGUACUCGUAACAGCUAGAGAUGAGGAUUACAAAGCAUCUAGACCAUGUGAUCUCAAUAAUAUUUCACAUUUGUUUAUAUGACUAGAUAAUAUGUCUGUACUAGGCAUUGAAUUAUGCUACAUGACUGCACUAAUAAAUCCCCUUUGAAAAAUGUUCAA